UUUUGAGUAGUAUAUCUCUUGUGAAAGAAGAGAAAAUGCAAUCACAAGACCCUGUUUAUUCACAAAACGAUCCACUAUUGGUAGACAAUUCAAUCAUAUCGAAAAAAAGAGAUCAUUGGAAGACAAUCGCUAAGAUAGCUACAGUAUUCAUUGGAAUCUUGUUCAUAACAUCAGAAGUUGUUGGAAAAAAUAAUGAAAACAAACACGAUUCUCUUGCAAAUCAAACAUUAGGAGAUAAUGCAACAGAAGCUAAUAGUCUUCCACCGUUGCAUCGUACAUACUUCAAAACACAGAUAAAAAGUAUACUGUUGAGACCAAAACCGGGACAAAACUCUGUAAAGUUUACGUAUGAUAUUAUCAAGAACACUUAUUCACACGAUAAUGACGAUGGCUCCCAAGUUAGACCAUAUGUUGCUUCUAAUAUUGAACGAGUUGUAGACAAGGAAAAUAAUGAGACAUACUUACAUCCCGAAUAUCCUCUUGAAAUUGCACAUAUUCAUUGGGUUUUUAAUGUGGAGAUUCCUGGAAAAUCAGUGGAAAAAAUAUUGGUCCAAGUUCCCGGAAUUGAACAUAAUGCAGAUGAUGAAGGAGAAAUAUAUGCAAAAUUUGCCGUAAAUAAAACUAGCAAUAAUAUUCCGAUGAACAAAACCAUGGCAUUGGAUCGUAAUAUUGAUACUGUAACGAUGAACAUUAUAAUACACAAACCUAUUAAAUUUUUGAAAACCAAUUCAAAGGAAAGCAGUGGAGUAACGUUUUCAAUCAAAGUUUACUGGAAAACCGGCAAAUAUCCAACUCCACCAGUAUCUUCCAAUACGACUACGUCUAAAAAGUUUUCUACAUCUUCAAGAUCAAACGAUACUGAACUUCGUCGCUCUGAAGAACUUAAAGAACAGUACGGAUAUAUUCAAUUGCAACCAGAGUCAGGACAAAAUUAUGUCAAGUUCACUUACGACAUUAUCAACAACAUUUAUUCGCACGAUAAUGAAGAUGGAUCACCAGUUAACCCGAAACAAGUCUUUAACAUUAAACGAGUAGUAGACGAGGAAAACAAUGAGGCAUACAUAGGCCAGGAAGCCCUUUAUAGACGGUCAAAUAUGUACUGGCAGUUCGAUCUGAGGAACACAGGAAAAAAUGUUGAAAAAGUGGUGGUCAAAAUGACCGGAAUGGACGAAAUUACCCAAUAUGCAGGAUCUGUUGAAUGUUGUUUGAAUUAUUUGAUAAAUUGCACUGAUAUCCCGAUAAAUGAGAGUUUAACAAUUGAGCAGUAUGUCGGAAAAUUAUACAUAGAGAUUACACUUCACAGACCCAUUAAAGUUUUAAAAACCGAUGUCAAAGGUAGAAAAAGUGUGGAAUCAUUUUCAAUUGAAGUAUACUGGAAAGACGAACCAUCUUACCCAUUAACAACAACUACGGCGGUGACUGAAAUGAAUACUACACCGAAAACAAUUGCUACAUCGCCAACUUCUAAGGAUCCAAAACUGCAUCUUCAAUAUGAUAACACAACAACAACUUUCACACAAGAAGAUAAGCUUAUCGAAUUGAGGCCCACAUCAGAAGCAAACUAUGUGAAAUUUUGGUACAAUAUUGUGAGAAACACGUAUUCACAAACACACACAAAUGGAUCUCCAGUUAAACCAUAUUUGGUUGCUAAUAUUGAAAGAACUAUAGAUACACGACUUGGCGAAGUAUUUUUACAUAAAAAAGAACGGAGUGAACAUUGGGCAUCAAUUGCAUGGUUUUUCAAUAUAGAUGUCAAGGGGAAAUUAGUUGAAAAAAUAAUAAUUCGUAUGUCAGGAAUUGAAGAGUUGAUUCUUAAUUCUGGGACAACUCAAAUUGGCGAAAAUUUAAAUUUAAUAUCGAAAUCUACCAGAAUUCCAAUAGAACAAAAUUUGACGAUUGACAAUCCCCAAUUACAAGUGUUCUUCAUAAUGCUACAUUGGUCAACAGAUGAGAAUCAACAGAUGGACGCGAGAGCUUUCAAAACUGAUCUGGAGGAUGGAAUAAACUCGGAAAGCUUUUCAGUCGAAGUGUUCUGGAAAUCGAAACAGGAUCACAAUCAGACUACUAUUUCAAUCUGAAGCUGAAUUUAUUUGAAAUUUCCAUUAAUAAAUAUGAACCAAUUUA